AAGUUCCACGCAACGGGGCAUCUCUCCCAGUUCAAUAGCUUUGAUUCUAUCCAUCAAGUCUACCACAACACUAGCCAUUUCCCUCUACGCAGAAACAGAUUUAUCUGCACCUUUUCUUAGAAACCCCUUUGAUCAGCCUUCUAUAUUUCUCAAUACCAAACAUUAUGUCCGUCAUGGAGGGUAUUAAGCAGAAAAUGAACUCCCUGCGCCUCGAGGCCGAUGAGGCUCACUCGAAGAACGAGGAGCUGCAGAGCAAGAUCAAGGCACUUGAGCAAGAGAAUCUGGUAAAGGAGCAAGAAAUUACAUCUCUAUCGCACAAAAACCAGCUUUUGGAGUCCGAAGUGGAGAAGCUUGAGACCGGUAUCCGGGAUGCAAAGGCCGCCGCCGAUGAGGUCCGUGAACAUGGCACACAGAACGAGACUCUGCAGCGGAGAUUGCAGCUGCUCGAGGAAGAGGCUGAGGAGGCGGAUAAGACUUUGCGAGAGGUGAAUGAAAAGCUUCGUCAAACCGACGUGAAAGCUGGUCACUACGAGCGCAAGGUGCAAGCGCUGGAAUCCGCCCGCGACCAGUGGGAAGCGAAAUACGAAGAAAUGGCCAAGAAGUACAGCGACGUGCAGAAGGAACUGGACGAUUUCCAGCGCGAGAUUGGAAGCAUUUAAGCCGCUCAGUUGGCCAAAUGAAGUGGCGUGGCUUUGGCGCGUGGUUUAGCAAAUGUUUAAUAGUGAUUGCGGACACUCAAGCUCCGCUCAAAGGCGGUUGCCAAACUUGAGGGUAUUAGGGAUAGCAAUUUCUUGAUGGUGGUUUCAUCCCAGUUGCUUAGAAUUCAACUUUUACAUACUACUCUCUAUACUGGUGUUUGGACGUUGAAACCAGCUCGAUGCAAGCUCUCAAAAAUUGAAAUGUGGGGU